CAAGGGAUAUAGAAUGUGGAAGGGAAAGGAGAGGUGUGUUCCGGUAAGCCGAGGACCUAGACAGAGAUGGGCAGAAAGAGCGAGGAAAGGUAUAUAUAUGAGGGUGGUCUCCUGCAAUUGAGAGGACCAUCGCCAACUCGCAGCACACACAGAGAGCCAUCGCCUACCCGCAGCACACACAGCGAAGUCACCAUUUCCUCCUCUUCCGAGACACCCAAGAAAAAGAGUAAGCUGCGCAGAGGACUGUCGAAGCUCCUACCCAACCAGAAGAAACCAAAGACCGAGACUUCCGACCUUCAGAAUUCGAGUCCAGCUCUUUCUCCCGUCCUACCAGCCACACCCAAGGUCGCUCUCGUACCUCCACCAUCAUCUCCAUCCAUCCCCACUGCCCCGAAGGUCGAUCCGGAACUUCGAGCUCCAUCGCCCAUCGUCAGCCCAGAAAAUAUCGUAACCGAACCCGACAUCCUUCCGCUGAAACUAAGCCCUUCCCCAUCGAAGAUGUCUUCCAGCCCCGCUGCCGUCCGCUACGACGAGGCCCAGGCUCAAGGUGGACGUCGUUCCUCCGGGGCCGCUCCGGGUCCCAACUCGGUCCUCCACAAAGAGGCCGGGCAGCUGAUCAAGGGUGCCGUCAAUGAGAAUGGCGAGCUCAAGGAUGCGGCGCUGCUUUUGGGCAUCAAGCUCGAUCUCGAGGCCGAGAUCCACUUGACUGCUAGGGUUAGGGGUGACAUUACUAUUGGGCUGUACUAGGUUAAGACGCUGGCUACCCUAGUUCUGUGUGUGCACAUGGGGGCUUCGGUAUAAAAGGAUAAUUAGAUAAUAGAGAGACAAUAUCUUUAAGGUCUAGCUAGAUUCUCUAUCCCAGUAACCGACAGGAAAG